CUGAGGAUACGAUCUUUUCCUGGGCCUCUGAUAAUCCGGUUUUUUUAAGCAUUAAUGCAUCUUAUUUUAUCUCAAACUUUCUGUUAAUGAAAGAUCCGAAAUUAAACUUAUCAAAGUGGCAUCCACAUCCUCCUUGUCUACUCUCAGUGAUUUCUACACGGAUAAAUAAAUCCAAAGUGACAUUGAAUGUUGAUGGGAAAGAUUUCUUAUUCUUUUUUUUACCUUAUUGCUCAUUUGCCGGUAUAAGGAAUAACGGAUGUUACCAGCAGUAUUCGGUUUCGAAGGAUCACUAUUGGAAUCUAAAUAAAAUAAUGAAGAUUUCAGUUCUACUUGUGAGAUCAGGAUGAUAUCAUUAGAAACCGAACAGAUCUGCCUGACGCCAUUGGGUACCUGACUGGUUAUCUUUUGACGUCAACAUGGGAAGCAGUUGCUCAUCAGCACAAAAGAAGAAAGAUAAAGACAAACAGAAUGCACACGGGGGCCAGUCACCUAUUGGUGGACGUCGACGCUCAACGGACAGCUUGCCAUAUGGAAAAGGUUCUCCACCUUCGUCACGGCGUCCAUCCUUUGACCCCAAUUCUGCCCCAGCUACUGUACCUGAACAAGGUGAAAGCCCAAGUGAGCCCACUGUAGGUCAUAAGGUGCCUGUAGAUGCUGCUUUGUCGUCGGUGAGUGCCGGGGGAUCGUCUUGUUCUCCACCGCCUGGAACAACGGGAACUCCAAUAAUAAAAGAUGCUCCCUCUUUGGAUGCUAUUGGUCUUCCUGAUUUACAAAGAUUUCCUGAUCAUGUACGCUCAUUAAUUUUGGGUCGAGUCAGUGAGAUAGAUGUUCAGACUCCUCUUCAAGAAAUUACAUUAUAUGUUGCAGCUGAUUUUUAUGAUUCUGUUGUUGAACGAGAAGCUUUGAUAGAACGUGUAUACCCUUACCUACGGAGGUAUUCUGCAGAGAAAGGUUAUGAACUGAAUGUAACAGACCUGCAUUGGGGUAUACCUGGUGUAGGUCUAGUUGAUCACAGCUUACCAGAAUUAUGCAUGAACUUUUUAGAAAAAUGGAGGACAAGAAGAAGACUUUUGACAUUAGUUAUUUUCAAUGACAAUAUUGGCCCAACACUCUUACCACGCACACUUCCAAAACCACAUUUUGAAUCUGGUAUGGAAUCGGUUGAAACCGAUGAUGACAAAGAACUUUUUAAAAAGUGGUAUAAAUUGGACUCUGUAGCAUCACCUAUGGUCUAUGUUCUUCAGCCUGUUGUAAAGAACUACCCAGCUGUUGCUGGUGAAGAUCCUGAAGAAAGAGGAAAGUAUAUGACACUUUGGAAAGAAGAAUCCCAAAGAAUGAUUACAAUCCUCGGAAACAUCUUACCUGAUGGCCAAAAGCAAAAGAACCUUACUUCCGUUUUGCAAGAUGAAAUUAAAUUUAUAGUCUCAGAUGAUCCUCAAGAAGCAAAGCGAGUUCUUUGGAUGCAGCGUCGUUUCACUCAUAAACCUGCUUCAGGUGGUGGUGAUAAGCCAUCUCCUUGCAGCCGCAAGAUAGACCAAUCAAAAGUCCAACUUGAGGAUUACCUACCAGAUACUCAAAAACUGGUGUUCUAUGUCAAAUGGCAUGAAGAAGGAAUCGAUCCUCAAAAUUUUGAAGAAGAUGAGCAAUACAUAUCAGAUUUUUGUGAUUCAUUAAAAGAAGAGUUACAAAAAUUGAUUGAUGGUCUUUUGGAGGAAGAUUUUCUUGAAGAAGCACGAGAAAAUUACAGAGGCAUAGAAAAACAACUGUAUGUAGAAUUGAUUCAGCAAUAUGAAGCUUGUCGUCAACUGAGUAAGAAUUUCCUGCACCGUGAAGUUAGUCUGGAAGCAGUCAAGUCAUAUCUGAAUGGAAGUACCAAUCAUCCUCUAAUCAUUCAUGGCCCUGCAGGCUGUGGGAAAACCAGCUUGAUAGCCAAACUGACUGAAAUGUGCUCAGUUUGGUUUCCUGCCUCUUGCAUUGUCUCACGUAUUGUUAGUCUAACUGCAGAGUCAGCUACUCAGCAUCAGCUGUUGAGAAGCAUUUCUGAACAGUGCUGUGCUUUAUAUGGUGAGCACCCUGCUGUGGCUUCAUCUACCAUUCAUAGCUGGGAUUAUGGUUUAGGAAAGCUGUUGGGUAAAGUAUCAGAAUUGCGACCACUUAUUAUCCUUAUUGAUGGCAUUGAUCAACUUGCAGAUUACAGUGACAAAGAUUUGCAAUGGCUUCCCCGUGAAUUACCUACCCAUGUUAAAUUAAUACUGACAGUUAGAGAUGACAGUGAGGAACAUAACAAAAUAAAGAAUAUUAUGGAAAGCAGCAGCUGUUUUCUGUCUAUUUCUAAUCCCACCGCUGAUGAAGCUAAAGCAACUGUAAGUCACCUGUUAGAAAGCAAUAAGAAACGUCUGAGCUCUCCAGAACAAGACAUGAUUGAUGAAUUUUUGAAAGGAGAAAAUAGUGCACGUUAUUCCCAUUUGCUAGGACUCAUGUCCACCAAGUGGGCAGAUAUGCUUGUUGAGAAAAAAGAGGAUAUGCAGAAGAAUACAGAAGGACUUGUUUUUCAAUAUUUGUCUCAUGUGGAAUCUCAUCUAGGCGUGACCUUGAUAACUUUGGUCCUUGGACUCUUAGUUGCAGCUAAGCAUGGUAUAAGUGAAAGUGAAAUGUUGGAUUUAUUGUCCUGUGAAGAUAGCGUAUUAAAUCUCGUAUUUUUUGGUAAGCAAACAAAAGUUCGUCGAAUCCCUGCCAUUCUAUGGGCAUCUGUAAAAAAUUUCUUGAACCCUUUUUUAAGAACUCAGGUACUUGGUGGACGAACUUUAACUAUGCUUUCUUGUGAAGCAUAUAGGACAGUAAUGAAAAAAUAUCUGCAAAACAAAGGGCACACAGUGAAGGCAUCAGCACAAGUGUUGGUAGAUUAUUUCUUUGGCAAGUGGGCUGAAGGCAAAGCUAAACCCAUAUCUCCUACUUCUGAACAAUCACAGGACAGAUUUGUGCUUGAUCAGCCACUAGCCUAUGGGCCAAAUCCGAAUAAGAGAAAAUUAGAAGAAUUGCCUUACCAGGUUUUACAAGUAAAUGAUUCAAUACGAGACAACUUUUUAUUUGAUGCCACAUGGCUUUUGUAUAAGUUCUGUGGCUCUGAUCCUUAUCAGCUGUUAGAGGACAUUUCAGGUUAUCAGAAAACUCUACCUGAAAGUGAGAAGCAAUUAGAACUGUUGGAAAAUGUUGUACAGCUGUCUAGUUAUGCUUUGCGUUGCGAUGGAUCUCAGUUUUUUGCACAAAUGUAUGGGCGCCUUAAGAAGUUCUUUUCUACUAGUUGCUCUUCUGAGUAUUCUUCAUUGAAAAGUAUAUACGAAACAUCUUGCAAGCCACCAUUAUCAUCUCUGUUGCCCAUUGGCUCUUGUCUGGAAGAGCCUGCUAUCCCAAAUGUAACUGUUAAUUGUAAUAAUCAUCAUUCAUCUCCUGGCUCUGAAUCCCCUAGCUCCAAAGGCUUUCCAUUCACUGGAUUGUACACUAUUAAAGAAGACAAAGGGCAUGUUGUUUCUAUAUCAAGUGAUAAAAAUGAAAUUGUUGUAUGGAACAUUUAUGAACAAGCUGCAGUUCGUCGAAUGACAGGAAUUAACCAACCAAAAGACAUUAAAAUGAUCGAUAUUCAUCGUGCUUUAGUUUUGUGCAAUAGAGAACUGAAAGUCUAUAACCUAGAUCAAGGUACCCUUGUGGUGAAGCUAAAGGGUGUGAUGAAUCAAAAAAUGGCCUAUUAUGGUUUGCACAAUGAAAACUAUGCUGUUGCUCUCUCUAGGAACAGAAUGUAUGUUAACAUGACCAACCUUAAUACUGGUGAUUUAGAAACAACUUUCAAAGUAGGUGAAGAUAGAUUUCUGAACAGUUUACUUGUAAGUGCAAAUGGAAGAAUCUGUGUUUGUGGAGAUGAAACUCAAAAGCCCUUUCCUUUACUUGUGUGGGAUCUGACAAGUAGAAAGUUGGUUUAUGAUCUUCGGAUACCUCACCAUGAAUUUGUAACUCGACUGUCUGCAAUUAGUGACGAUGGUCAUUAUGUCGUUUCUGUUUGCAGGGAGUUACAUGAUGCUUCACCUAAUUUCAUCAUUGUCUAUGAUUUGCAAAGUGGGACAUUGUUUAAGAAAUGGAAACCAGAAAGUAGUAGCUGCAGCAUUGCCAUAUCAUCACAAGGUGGUUGUGUUGUAAAUGGUCUUGAAAAUACAUGGGUAUUAGUUUGGGAUUUAUCAACAGGAGCUCGAAGGUUUACUCUAAGAGGCCACAGUGCACCAGUAGACCAGAUUCGAAUGGAGGAGUCUGGCAAAAGGUGUCUUACUUACGAUUCCAGAAAUUAUGAUCGAAGUGUUAGGGUUUGGGAUAUAACAAAAGGCGAAUGUUUGGCUGUAUUCACCCCUGAUCAAGAAUUUUCCUGCUGUGAAUUAUCACUGGAUGGGCGAGCAGUUAUUUUGGGCCUGAAAGGAUUUGAUAGCAUCACCACUCUCCUUCUCUGCCAAGAGAGCACAGUGGAAGAAGAAAUGCCAAAAAUUACCUGUUAUGGGGAUUCCCAAUUCAAAAAUAAAGUUUUUGACAUGAGCCAUGAUGGUCAAUGAAUUCCUUAAACUUUCUUCAAAACAUCAUUUCAAUUAACUCAUCCAAAGGUAGUGAAAUACCUACUUUUGAAGCAGAAUGCAAUGAGGAACUGGGUUCUUGUUACUUAUGAAUGAGUAUACCCUUUUGUGGAAGCUGUUGUGGAGGCUCUGAAUUUCUGUCAGCAUCUUGAAGUGGCAUUUCCAACUAGUUUCAAAAAGUUAUGAGUAAAGCCUUUGAAACAUUUUGUGUAAUGAUGAGGAAUAAUACCAAAGGACCAGUCUUUGGUUUUUAUGGUUUGACUUGAUUCACUUGAUAAGAAAGCUGCAGUCAUCCUGUAGUCAAGUACCCUGUUGCAAAUGAAACAGUUUUUGCAUUGGCGAAUUUUUGUUGUAUAGAUGUCAUAUUUUAACAUGUAAAAUACCAGACAAAAUAUGCUUUUUUUUUUCUUUUCUUUUUUGCAUUUGUUACCUUGUACAUAUAUAUCAGAUAUUUAUAAAACUCAGGACUUUUCUUAUGCAUUAGGAAAUGUUGAUCAUGUCGCUUUGUCAGUUGUUUUAAAAAAUUCAUUUGGUCUAUCUUUCAAGAUACAGGAUCAAGUCCUGUGUGAAUUUUUAUAUGUACAUUAAACAAAAAAAAUAUUUCACUGCUCAAAAUAUAAGCUACGCAAUGUCAAUUAAUUCUUGUUGCGAUUUUCUAUACAUUUUGUGGUUUUUUUCUGAAAAAUUGCUACUGGCAAAUUGCUAUGAUCAUUCAAAUAUUUGCUAGAAAAAAUUAUAUAAUUUUUUUUUUAUUAUUUUUAAAAUUUUGCAUUAUAUGACAAAAUAUUAACUUUAUAGAUUUCAUUGAAAAUAAAAGAAAUGCAGUUUGGUGCAUUAUUAAAAAUUAAGUGAAAGUGCAAUUCACUUUUUUUAACUUAUAUUGUAAGUGGAAUUUUGAAUAAUUAUUGUUUAGUUUCAGAUCUGUUGCAACCCUUUAGUGACAAUUAUUGAUUAACAAGUAUUAAUGUAUACAGUUCUGUUUCUUAACCAUUUUCAAAUGACACAAAUCAUUCGCACACUAACUUUUUUGUAUCAAAGUUUCUAAGUUUUAUCUAAGUUUUUCCCUUUCACAAAAUAAAUUUUUUAUUUUUCUAUUUUAUUUUUUUGGCAACAAUGGGUAUUAAUCAUUCAGAGAUUGAUUUAUAAAUGAUGACAUAUUUUUCUGUAAUAUAUUUUUAUGAGUUUUUUACUAAAAUUUUUAAUGUCAAUAUUUAAUUCAUUAUUGGUAUAGAGAAAUUAAUGACUGUGUUCAACUCUACUAUCCUGGAUUCCUAUCUAUAGCAAUAUGAUGACAUUUGUACCAUGACAAAUUUAAAUAUUGUAUGAAAGUUCAUUGAUAAUAUUAGAAACAAAACUUACUUUGUUCUUUCCUCUAAAUAAAGUUGAAGAUAUUUAAGUAAUGCCAGAUUUUGAUCCAUUAUUUAUGUAAUGGCAUCAAUUGUAAAUGUGAAUCUAGAAUUCUGCCAGUUGAUUAAGAAAAGGUGAUUUCUUCUUUAAAAAUAUUUUUAAUAUGCCAAAAUGUAAAAACACCUAUUUUGUUUCUUGUUAAUUUAUCUCAGUUUUUAUAUUAAAAAAAAUUAAUUUUUCUCUGUACAGAUUUUUAAGAAGUUAAAAGAAGUUUUAUUUUACUAAUUUUCAAAUUUGUCAAUAUUGUCUAUAAUCGAUUUUUUAAUUUGUUAAUCACCUUCUCUUUGUCAUCACUUAAUAAUCUUCUCUGAAAGUAUUUUAUUCAGUAUUAAAACUAGAAUCAGUCUCUGAACGAUUAUUAAAAAAUUAUUAUUAACUCAUUCAUAUCCAUGACAUUUGAUGUUAUAUUAAGUUAAUUUACUUACAAAAUAAGCACAUACUUUGUCUUUUUUAUUUAAGAAACUUUUUGUAAAUUAUCUAAUUCUCCUUAUAUGUGAGGAAGGAUAUUUGGCAUAUGAUGUGGAAGAUUAUUCCACAUGCAAGAGUUAAUUGUGUUUAAGAAAUUUGUGAAUGUGUCUUAAAAUACCAUUAGCUCUUCUUGAUAAUUGUGGUGAUGGAAAAACCAAAAUAAAGGAGAACAUUGAUUUGUGUAGCUAGAACUAAUCUACAUUAGCUGUUUGUUAUUCAUUGUUACAAAGAAAGAAUACUGCCACUUAUUUUUUAUAUGUGUAUGUCUGUUGAACUUUACCAAGAUUGUGAUGCUACCAAACGACCAAAAUUUCGAAUGGUGUGAAGCUCUUGAUCUAUCGUUGGCUUUAUUUUACAUUUUAGAACUUCGAGUGCGCUAAAUGGCAGCAUUGCAUCCGUCGUUCUUUGACGAUGUCAUGCCACUGACAAAUAUUCCUAGCAUUAGGCAUAUAGAUAAUAAUUAGAAAGAGAAUGUUAAGUGCUCGAUGUUUGUUGUGAUAUUAGGUACAAAAAAUACAGUUUAUGAUCGUCAUUUUGGUGUAUUAAGUGGAAUUCUGUUACAAUUGCUGUUAUAUAACAUGUUUGCUAUCAAAAGAUUAUUAAAAAUGUAAACCUUUUUUUUGUUUGAAAUCCUGAAAUUUUUUACUUGUCUGAAAGAUCAGCUGAAUCUCUGUGUACAAAAUCUGUUUAAUAAUCACAACCAACUAUUUUGUCGAAUCCCUGGGAUUUGGCCCUAAAUCUGCUAGAUAUCUUUUCUCCUCAUCUCUCAGCGUGUGUUUCAACACCUUCCCAUUAUCUGUUAAGUGUGAAUCAAAAUGCACUUCUUGUUUGUCUGUGUCAAUAAAGCCAACUAACUGUAGAAUCUGACUGGAUAUAUAAGUGCAUAUUCAGACUAAAUGUAUAGUUUGAAAAAGAAAGUGUGUCAUAUGCCCAAUAGUUUCUAUUGUUUUAUCUUUGUGUCAUAUUUGCUGCAGAACAUUUUUAAAUAAGCUUCAACUUCAUUGGCUUAGCAAGUUGGUCAUGGAAUUUGUGGCCAUUAAGCACAGAAACUUGUUUUUAUUUCAUGAAAAGAGAAGCAACAGAGUACAACUACAUUCAAUUCUUCUAUCUUAACAUCUUAAAGUUUUCUUGGAUUAAGAUGAAUUGCAAUUUGCAUUGUAUGGAUUUUGUGCCAUUUGAAAAGCUGCAAAUUGUUUUGGCAUAGUGCAAGUUCUUUGAUUGCACUUUUUUAGUCUGAUAUUGACCAGGUAAGUAACAUGCCUUCUAACAGCAAAAUAAAGGUUGACUUUACAAAAUGGAUGUGUUAAGGGCCGAAGAAUUGAUGAUAGUUGUCAUUAAGAGACAGAUUUAGGAAUGAAUUGUACCAUAAUUCUAGAUAAGGAGAAAAGUUUUAAAAAUCAGAUCUUGAUUGCAUGACAUGAUGAUUGAGUUGGAAUGAGUGUAUGACGACUUGUUGAUUAAAUCGUAGAAUAUAAGACACUCUGUGGUGUUCAGUGCAUUGAAGCUAGUCUAUACUUUAUGAACUGGAUUUUAGAAAUGUUUGUGUUGUCGUUAGAUUUAGUUUCAUUCGUAAUAAUAAUCAAUUAAAAUUUUUAAACUGCAGUUACCUGUAUUAUACAAGAAAAAAGUCUGUUUUUCAUAACAUUAUUUAUUUAAUAAGAAUUUUUUUCUUUCAAUUUAAAACCAUAUCAAGACGUUUUACAGAAAUCUCCUCCUGUUGCAUUUUGAAUUUUGUUACAAUGUUUUUCUCCUGUAAACUGGAUCUUUGCAUAUUCAUAAAAUAGUAAUAAAACUUCAUAAACAUUUUAA